CCAAGCCUUGCCGGCGACUGGACGCACUGCUGCCCAGCGAUCGGCGUUCGCCCUGCGCUGGCGUUGCCCCGAGGGAAUGCCCAAGCGGUAGUGAGAAGCAGGAAAUGUGCAUGUUGUUUUAAAUAUUAAUUCUAUUAUUUUACGUAGGUGUGGCGCAUGGCUCCAAAAUCAUUUCGCAAAGAACAAGAGGAACGCGUGCGUGCAGCCGUGGAAGAUGUCCGGAAGCGUCACAUGGCCAUCAACGCUGCAGCGAAGGAGCACAAUGUGCCCCGAGGUACGCUACGGCAUCGGCUUCGGGGGGUCGACCCGCAGCGAGGCCGUCGCCCAGUACUGACUCCAGAAGAAGAGCAGCUUCUUGUGGACUGGAUUUUGGAUUGUUCUCGGAAGGGUUUCCCUCGGCGGAAAAUGGAUGUGCUUUUGAGCGUCAAAGAAUUUCUAGACAAGGCUCCCGAAAGAGAACAUUCAUUUGCUAAUAAUUUACCAGGAACCAAAUGGUACCGCCUCUUUCUGAAGAGACACCCUAACCUUUCGGAACGAACACCAGAGGGCAUAACCAGAGCAGCAGGGAACGUGAGCGAGCAAGAUAUCCGAAAAUGGUUUGAGGAGAUUCGAGUCAUACUGGAAGAGGAAGGUGCGUUGGAAGCCCUCAAAGACCCUGACAGAGUUGGGAAUGGGGAUGAAAGCAAUUUUCGACUUUGUCCAAAUAAAUCGUUUGUUCUUGCUGAAAAGGGGGCCAAGGAUGUCUAUGAGGUCUCUCCCACUAGCGAUGACAAGUUCGCUGUUACGGUAAUGUUUGCGUACACGGCAUCUGGGAAAAGGGUAGAGCCCAUGAUCAUUUUUCCGUACAAGAGAGUGCCAGCCGCACUUGUGAAAAGUGUCCCUCCUGCUUGGGGGAUAGGCAGGUCAGAUUCCGGAUGGAUGACCGCUGAAACCUUUUAUGAAUGGAUAAGUAGCAUUCUAGCUAAUUUUCUUGAAUUCAACAAAAUCAAGACCCCGUUUAUUCUCUUUGUUGACGGGCAUAAAACACAUUUGACACGGGAGACUAGUUCUCUCUGCAAAGAGCUUGGCAUUGUACUGAUUGCCUUGUAUCCCAAUGCCACACACAUCCUACAACCGUGUGACGUGGCUGCGUUCCGGCCUCUGAAAGCUGCCUGGUCGCGUGCCCUUUUGGAGUGGCGCCGUAAGCACCCUCAUGAUUCUCUAACUAAAGAAUGCAUUGGUCCGAUACUGAACACUGCUCUGCAAAAGGACAUGACCCUGUCUCUUGUCAAUGGAUUUAGAGUGACUGGACUUCACCCCUUCAACCCUGACGCUGUUAAUUACAAGAAAUGCAAAGGACACGUAAACAGGGCCCCAGAGACCGAGGCAGAACAACAGCAAGCGGAUCUCCCAGUAACGCUUACUAUGACAAAUUUCCAGGACUUGGUAGGGGAAGAAAUAAUCCGCUCCCUGCAGAGUUCCGCACCGGAGCUGCAAGACAAUGCAGCUUUGGCAGCACUGCACCGGGUGUAUUCCGCUCUGCAAGGCAAGCCGAGGAAAGAGCAUGUUACUGUGGCGGUCGUGAGCACAGAAUCGGUAGCCGGCUCCUCACAGGCACUAGAUGAAAGCCCUAUGCAAGUGGAUCUCAGCUUGGUGCGGCAGGAACCGUUAGACGACGACCCCGACGACCCACCCGAGGUUGACGCCGAACCUCGCCCGGGAAGUAGCGCCUCUAGCGUGUCCUUGCGGGAUGUCCUUGUGUGGCCUCACAGUCCCAAGCGCAAGGGCAAGCGGAAGAUGGAACGUAUGCCCUACGUCACCACGUCCAAGAGAUGGCGCGAGAUGCAGGAAGAGAAAGAUAGGAAGAAGAAGGAGGAGGAGGCCGAGAAGGAGGCGCGAAAGGAGGCGCGCAUUGCUAAGAAGGCUCUCCAGGACGCCGAGAAGGCUGCUAAAGAAGCUGCCGCUGCAGCCAGGCGUCUACAGGCUGCGCCAGAACGGCGCAGGACUCGCCAAACCAAGUAAUUUCUAGGGUGGCCAUCAAUGGGCACAAGGGUGGCCAUCAAUGGGCAAGGUGUGGCCAUCAAUGGGCAAAAUGAACUGUUUCUUUACUAAUUUUUUUAUCUAUGAAUAAACUUUAAUUUGACGUUUUCGCACGUGGUGGUAUUUUCUUUGAACCUUCUAAUACACUCCUGAUUUUUCUGGUGUAGAUGUGACGUAUGGCUGCGGCUUGGUGGAGGAAAAAGCAAGGGCGUGCGCUUAAAGUGGCCAUCAUAGGGCACCUU